AUGAAGUUCCGGUAUGAGAGUGCAUUCAAGGACUUGGAAUCUCCAAUGCCUUGUGGCGGUGCAUGGAUGAAGAUGCCCGCAGGGAAGCUUGGAGGAGGCGUAUUGAAGUCGUUCGAGCCCUAUCGAGACUCGGAUAGUGAGAACGGGGAAGGAGAAGUGAUGAGGGAUGAUGUCGUCGAAGGAUGCCCUCGACAGAGUCCGAGUCAACGGAGCCAGGAUUCCGGCUUCUCGGAUUCCGGAGACUCGGGCGGGGGGCACAGUCCCGAUAUCCAGGAGGAGGGGAAGACGUCCCGUUCCCGGUUACGAGAGAAUCCCUUCAAACGGCAUCAGAGUCGAGUCUUCUACGAGAGCGAAUUCCCCGUUAGUUCUGGUCGAGUGGUGAAACUUCAGUCCGACGAUUGGAUAGAUUUAUCCCACUGCGAACUUGAGCUGAAGACCCUGUCGGAGGAGCAGCAUUCCACGCCGAAGAAGACUGUGAAUUUCCGAUUCACGAAAUGCGCCGGGACCCUACUUCAUGGGCCCUCACCGGUACAGAAGGGGAUAUUGAAGAAGCAGAUGAGGGAAUUCAGGUCUCGUCGAUGGUCCUCGGUUCAGCUUCGAGAUGCACCGGAAUGGGUUCGGCGAGUCCCGGAAUACGACGGCUUUCAUUCUCUUAAUAGUACCUCCAGUCUUCCGAGAAAUUUCCCGCGAUCGAAGUCCAACGCCGCCAGUUCCUGCCUGUUUUCCUCUGUGGCAUCGUGGAUGUUGGAGUUGAGGGGAUCAGGGGAAGCAGAAUGCAUGAGUGUCCUUCAAGGGAAAAGCCUCGAAGGGGAUGUGAGGUUGUCACCCUUGACCUGUGCCUCACGUGCACUCAGGGAUCUACGUCUCAUUCAAGCUGCUUCUCACAGUGUCUCCGGAGAAUUUGUCAAACUCUGCAAGACGAUGGAGAACCAAGACCUGGCGCACAUUCCACCGCUGGUUCAGAGUCUGGUGGGGAACAUUUUCUCCUUCCUCGAUGGCUACCCUCCUGCACCUCCUUCCAGACAUCCUUUCGAGAGAAAGCUAAGGGUGUUGUGUGGGGAAUUACGAGGGCGAGCGGAUUUCGGUUCUCAUAUGGGAUCCCAUUUCCGAGACCUCGUCCAAAUCCUGGCCGCCGUGGGACACACUUUCACCCGCCUUGUGGAUUGCCUUCUCAUGGAUCAGGUCAAGGUGCUGAUGAGGUGCGUUUGCGGAUGCGAGUGGGUGGGUGCGCUUGGUGCCGUGUUGAGCCGAGUGACAUCCGCGGGGCUCCUAGGGCCUCCCAUCUGUCGCAUGGUGGCCGAGACGGGAGGAGUCCGGACACUUCUCUCGAUCGCCUUGGAACCUAGGGCCAGGGUGGCCAGAUCUUAUGCACUCAGGGCACUCGCCACCCUCGGCUGUGUCACCGAAGCCAUCCGGGAACUGGAACAGGCUGGGGGAGUGGAGAUCCUGGCAGAUAUCCUCUGCGAUGAAGAGACAAGGGAACACGAGAAGAAAGAAGCCGCUGGGGUACUAGCUCAAAUAACAUCUCCCUGGAUCGAGGAGAAUCAUCAGCUUCAUGGCCUUGCUCAGCAUCUCAUCCCGACUGUCAAAGCCCUCACCGAUCUAGCGGAGAAUGGAUCGUGCGAGGAGAGUUUCCUAUUGGCUUCAGCAGCGCUGGCCAAUCUCACGUUCGUGAUCCCCGAAGCCGUUUCACACAUGCAUACCUUCCGCACUGCUCACGUCCUCAUCCAUCACGCCCAGACAUCCCAACUUUCCGUCUUCGCCCAGGAUCAGAUUGCUACCGUGUUGGCGAACAUGGCGGCAAAUCCGGAGAGUCGAAGGCCGGUUUCAUCCGAGGGUGGUCUGGUGGUCCUCUUGUCAUUCUUAGAUGCUCAUUCACCUCCACCCACCUUCCCUCCUCCGCGAGACCCCGAGAUUGCCGCUUCGGAACGGGUCCAGCAAAAGGCUGCCAUUGCCAUUUCCAGAUUAUGCGUGGAUCAAGCAGUGGGUGGAAGAGUCAUCGCUCUUGGUGGAGUCAAGAAACUCGUGAAUCUAUGUCGAAAUGAGCAAUGUCGUCAUCAGUCGGAUGCAGUUCUCAUAGCUUGCCUUGCGGCUCUGAGGAAAAUUGCUACCUUGUGUGGAACAGAAGAGGUGAAACAGCAAAAUGCCUUGGAUCUGGUUGAACCUCGCCUUCUUGACUCGUUUCUACUGUAUUCUUCCCAACAAGAGAGCUACGUGUGAAGCUGAUUUUGCCUCCUUCGUCAGGACAAUAGUAGUGCAACCUGAUGACUCGAGACUAUGGUCUCCAAAAGUAAUGGAGGAUGCACUAUGAUGAGACUUGAAAGAAAAUUUUUCAUAGCACCUGGGAAAUACUUUUCCAAAAACGCUCCUGAAUUCUCAUUCCAUUUCAUAUGGACUUGCAUAAACGAAAGAAUUUGCGUCGACGUGCCAAGAAUUUAUCAUCAUAAGAACUAAAUUUUUCAUAAAGUUACGAAUUACGCAGCUUAUUCCCGUCUCUCAUUACAUCCUUUGAGUGGAGUUUCCAGC